AAACUGUUAUUACCAUGCACUGGUUGGUACUCUAAACUCACAGUUGAUCAGGUGCAGAGCACCUUCUAAUUCAUAUAUGAUCUCUCUAUAUAUACAAGACUCUCCUCUGUAGAAUUUCUCAUACAAAUUACUUCACUCUUCCACUAUAGAAAUGGCACAAUCUCCUUCUCAUUCUGCUUCUUUCUCUCCAUCAUCAUCAAUUAUUGUUGCAGUUGCUGUGUUUUUUCUUUUAACAGGGUCCUCUUCUUCAGCUCAACUCUCUGAGAGCUUCUAUUCUAAGAAAUGUCCUAAGCUUUUUGCAGCUGUGGAACCUGUUGUUAAGGUUGCUGUCGCCAAAGAGCGUCGCAUAGGAGCAUCUAUCCUUCGCCUCUUCUUCCAUGACUGCUUUGUGGAUGGUUGUGAUGGGUCAUUACUGCUUGAUGACACUUCAACCUUCAGAGGAGAAAAAACUGCAGCUCCAAACAACAAUUCAGUGAGAGGUUUUGAAGUAAUUGACGCUAUCAAGUCUAAGGUGGAGAAAUUAUGCCCUGGUGUUGUGUCCUGUGCUGAUAUCUUGGCCAUUGCUGCUCGUGACUCUGUUGUCCUUCUUGGAGGACCUUCUUGGAAGGUAAAACUUGGAAGAAGGGAUUCUAGGACAGCCAACUUCACUGCUGCAAACACUGGUGUGAUUCCAGCUCCCACUUCUAACCUCACCAACCUUAUCUCAACUUUUCAAGCUCAAGGGCUUUCUGCCAAAGACAUGGUUGCUUUAUCUGGAGGUCACACAAUAGGGAGAUCAAGGUGUACCAGUUUCAGAAACCACAUAUACAAUGAAAGCAACAUUGACAGUACAUUUGCUAAGGCCAAGCAGAGGAACUGUCCCAAAGCUUCUGGCUCUGGAGACAACAACCUUGCUGUUCUUGACGUGAGAACUCCUAAUCACUUUGACAACAACUACUUCAAGAACCUCAUCAUCAAAAGGGGACUCCUACACUCUGAUCAAGAACUCUUCAAUGGUGGCUCCACUAAUUCACUGGUUAGAGCUUACAGCAAGAAUGGUAAGGCCUUCCGUUCUGACUUUGUUACUGCAAUGAUUAAGAUGGGAAACAACAAGCCCUUAACUGGAUCAAAAGGGGAGAUUAGGAAGAACUGCAGGAGACUCAAUUAGAAGAGACAUCAAAGAUGUUAAAAACUGGUCUAGACACAUGAGCCAUGUUUUUACUUUGUUAUAAAAUGUAAUAUCUAGUUAUGUUAUUCAUGAUAUAUGUCUUACAUGUUGUAAUAAACUUGCAAUUAAUGAACUAAAUUUUUAUGGCUUAAUCCAGUUUUUGGU